AUGCAGAGCCAGAAUGACUACCUGAGGCAAUGGCUCCCAAGGCAGGAAUCAUAUCUGCAUCACCUCCUGGAUCGAGAAGCUCCUCCAGAAGAUAGGAGAUGCAUCGCCUGCAACCAGGAUGGGGUCUACAAAUGUCAAGAUUGUCUUGGGGAGCCACUCUAUUGCACGGGAUGUUGCAGGAGUCAACAUUGUCGCAAUCCUUUCCACUGGAUCAGUCAAUGGAAUGGUCAGUUCUUCAAGCAAAGUUGUCUUGCUCAUGUCGGACUCGUCAUACACCUUGGUCAUGAUGGCAAAGAAUGUCCUGCACUCGCAAAUAGGUGGGAUUUGUUCGAAGGAGACGAACCUGAGGACCAGCUUGAGCCUGAAGAUCUACCAUCCGUGUCAGGACCAGAGUUCCAGCCUAAGGAAAACACCAUGGUCAUCGUCGACAAGUCCGGAGUUCAUCACCUUGAGGUUCGAUGCUGCAAUUGUCCAAACACCAUGAGUCCAGACAUUCAAAUAGUGCUCGACAAUUUUCUAUUGGACAACCUAGAAUGUGGCACCUCCACGAUGAACUAUUACAGCAAGCUCCGGCGAAUGACCUCCAGCAUGUUUCCUCACCUUGUUCCACUCAUGAGAGUCGCUCGACAGUGGAGGCAGUUGAAGACCAUAAAAUGGCAUGGCAUCAGCCAUCGUUCCAAUGCUCCUAAUGCCGGAGAUCUUGCAUUGUUUUGCCCGACAUGUCCUCAGCCUGGGAUCAACAUAUCCUUAACUCCAAGCUGGACAUAUACCCGGUCAUUUGUGAUGGACGGUAAUUUCAAAGCUGAACACUUGCAUCCCAUCAAGCCAUUUGAUGAAGUAUGGCUUGCAGAUGGGCUGGGGUUCAUGGUGGGAAAGGACAGGUAUAAAGCGCAUCUUGCGGAGGCUGCUGACACUUUGGAAAAAUCUAGCUGCAACAAUCACCAGGCGGUAAAUCAAGCAAAUGCGGCUCGGCACAAGCUGGAGUCGAUGGGUAUUGGGGGAGUUGCUUGUGCCCACCACAGCUGCUUUGUGCCUCAUGUGAUGGUUGAUUUUCAGAAAGGCAAAAGACAAAUGAACAUGGAUUACGCCCUUUGCGAGGCUGCCCAGCACAACAUGGAAGGCAUUACCAGGGCUGUCACCUCUUAUGACAUCAACUGUCAAAACAAGCACCUUCAGGUUCGGAUCAUGGAGACUCUCUGGGCACAUCUUAACCUAAUUUCCCCUGCUGCUUGGGGAAUGUCAUCCCCUCAUCGACAGGAAUGUCUCGAUUUUCAGAUGAACAAUUCCAACUUCUGCAAGAUGAUCUGCAUGAAAAGGACCCUUUGCCGUAAAUACAAGCAGGCGAAAAAUUGCAUCGCCGAAACACCGAGCAAAAAGGAGAUCGAACUUAGACUGCUAGAGCAGGGUAAUGCCCGUAAUGCAGCACCAUCUCGGAGAUCUGUGGCAACAUGGAUAUCUAUGGGGUUGGCAAUCAAGGAGGCUCAAAUUGCAUUGCUCAUUGAGGUCCAAAGAAUCGGAAAAUGA